UUUCUAGCGGUUCGGGAAGCAUCGCCAUUGUUGCAAACGAUCAUUGCAUAUUGUGCAUAUUGAAUAUUGAUGGCCCUGUCGAUACCAAAUUUGCGCGCUUACGUGAUAGAUCUACCAACCAAAUUGCAAAAAAUUUUGUUGAACGAUAA